GAGAGACUGCCACGCUGAUCGCUCCAAUAUUUCUGAAGUUCAGUUUGUUCACCUGCUGCUGGUGGGACGCCGGAAAUAAUGGCAGGUUCAGUGCAUCUGAAAACAAUUGGAUCAAGGUCAUAUAUUCUCUACUUGAUUUUGAACUUGCUCUCAGCCGUCAGAGCAGAUGUCAUACAGCUGACUCAAGCAAACAUCAACCAAGUGUUUAGAGAAAAUGAAGUAGUUUUUGUGAAUUUUUAUGCCGAUUGGUGCAGAUUUAGUCAGAUUUUAGCCCCAGUUUUCCUCGAAGCAUCAAACAAAAUAAAAGCAGAAUUCCCUAUACAUGGAAAAAUUGCUUUUGGAAAAGUUGACUGUGACCAGGAGACGAGCAUCUCAGCCGGUUAUCAUAUCAGUAAAUACCCCACACUGAAGUUAUUCCGUAAUGGGGAGAUUGUGAAGCGAGAAUUCCGUGGCCAAAGAUCAGCCGAUUCCAUUGCUGCUUUUAUUCGUGAUCAGAUAACUGAUCCCGUACAGGAGCAUAGAACAUUGGAGGAACUGGAUGACCUUGAUACAAAGAAAAGACAUGUGAUUGGUUAUUUUGCAUCAAAAGAAUCAGAGGAGUACAAAACUUUCAAAAAGGUGGCCAGUUCUCUGAGAGAUGACUGUGAGUUUCAUGCAGCCUUUGGGCCAGUCUCAGAGUCUGAGAGAACGGGUGGAAGUGACAACGUUGUAUUUAGGGCACCAAAUACCCGGCGACAAGACACUGUAUUCCUGGGUCAGCUGACCAACUAUGACUACCUCAACCAGUGGAUGACAGACAAGUGUGUACCUCUGGUUAGAGAAAUCACAUUUGAAAAUGCUGAGGAAUUAACAGAGGAAGGAUUACCAUUCUUAAUCCUGUUCUAUAAUCCAGAUGAGAAAGAUAUUAUUGAUCAAUUCCAGCUGGAGGUUGCUAGGCAACUUCUUCCUGAAAAAGCAAAUAUUAAUUUCUUGACUGCUGACGGACUCAAAUUUACUCAUCCACUCCAUCACCUGGGCAAGUCCCCCAAAGAUCUACCUAUCCUGGCCAUUGACAGUUUCCGUCACAUGUACAUUUUCCCGGGGGAUAUCCGACAGGAUAUGGGUAAGCCCGGCGUAUUAAAACAGUUCAUCGCAGAUUUACAUUCGGGCAAACUUCACCGCGAGUUCCACCAUGGACCUGACCCAACGGAGCCUCCUGCUGAUCAGGGCCAGGACUCGCAGCCAACAGGCCACAUACCACAUGACAAAUCUGAUGGCAGUGCUGAUGUCAAGCCCAAACAGCCUACAUCUCCACCAGAGUCUACCUUUAGAAAGCUUGCUCCAUCGAGAAAUCGUUACACAAUUUUACGAGAUGAACUGUAGUCUAACUCCUGUUUUCUUUUCUUUCCUUUUUUCUUUUUUUUUAAAAAAAAAAUAUUAAAUUGCACUGAUUGAAGUAGGCUCAGAUCAGGUGAAAUAUCUCCACAAGCCUGCGACUUAGUGAAAAUAACAACACCGGUUUCUCCCAGGUGACAAUCUGAUUUCAACUUGUCUCUUACGGAAAAUGUCCUCCUAACCACCCACCCACCUACCCCCCCCUACCCCCCAACCACCCCCCACCACCCCCGUGUGUUCCCUCCCACAAGGGGGCAGGGACAAACUCUGUUUAAAUUAUUGAACUAACUCAUUUUACAAAUCAUCAGUCUGUCAAUAGAUCUAAGAGAGCCAAAUAUGUCUCUUCACGUUGUAAAUUUUUCCAGAUAAUAUAAAAUGUAUAAAACAGACAUAUAUCUAUAUACAUAUAUAUAUAUACAUAAUUAUAUAUACAGUUCGUCCUACCCCUUCUUCAGCAUUGAUGAGCUCUUUGUAUACAUUAAUAUGUGUACAAAUUACACCUUAAUGUAAGUAUACAGUAUGUAUACAGGAUUGUUAAUGAUAAGUUUUAGGCGUGCUUUUAUCCUCAUGAAAAUAGAACAAAUAAUAUGUAAGUCAGCCAAGAUACCUGCUGUCCUAAAAGAGGUGGGUGAACCAGCACUGGUGCCUGUUCCUUGAAAAUCAACCAUGUGGAAAACGAUUUCAGUUAGUUAAGGACGUGUAUCAAUAAUCAUUUACUUGUAAGUUGUGAUUGGACACAGGCAUGAGGGACUGUGUGGUGUUGAUGAGCAUUGAUAUGGUUAAUGGUAUCAAAUACAGUUAUUUUUGUUUUUGUACAGGUAGGCCUAUCUCCGUAUGCCUCAAAUUGCCACUGUAAGCUGAAUUGAAGAGUAGAUACUUAGAUUGUGCAUAAGUACUGUAGUUCCUGUUAAAAAAAUCACUGCAAAUAUUUGUAUAAUUGUACAUAGUUUCUUUCCAUUGUUCAUUGUAGUUAAUUAAGGCUUUAUGUGUGGUUACAUGCUCAGGAAAGUUGCAUGAAUGACCACUCCCAAUGUCAUUUGCAUCCCCGGAGAGUUAUUUCUGUUCCCAUCAACUGACGUGUGAAUGAUUGUGCAGGUAUUGAACCACACACAAGCGUGUCAAGCCCAGGUGAUGGCAGAGCUAGCCAGUGGGAGUACGUAUUCGUCUUAGUAAAAAUGUUCCUUAUGUAAUCAUGUCGCCGGAAAUGAAAAACAAAACCAGAGUUAAUAUUCAUAAGAAAAAGCUUUGACAAAUUGAGAAAUGAAGUUGUUUAUAAAGUCGAUUUAAACAAAUUUUUUAAAAAGACGUUUGAUAAAAAAUACGGGCCCAGGUAUCCAUUCCCUUGGCAGUUACAUGUAUGUAGCAGUAAAAUGGACUGCAGUGCAAGUACAGCAAAAACGCAUCUCAUAGGCCCAGAAGUAGUUUUGUUCGUAGCCUGCUUCAGGUGCACCUGUGGAAUAGAACUGGAAUUCUACAGUUGUCUGAUCAGCGUAUCCACAUGCCUGUAAAUCAAUUCUACAGCAUCAACGGCUAAAAGGUUAGUGAAAGGAUAGAAGUGUGCCAGUGGUGAGCUAGUGGUGCAUCACUGCGGUCCACGAGCGGUGUUUGUCUUGUGCUCAGUAAAACGACGGCCCAUUUUCAAGCAUCUCUGCAAAAGUCACUCUUUUAAUGUAAGAUUCUAUGUCAGAAAAUCCCCUAGGAGAUGCGAUUGACAGACGAAACAAAGUCUGAUUCUAAAUUGUAACAAAAUAACCAACAGGAGGUCUGGAAACAACGCAUACAGUUUUACCGCCAUUGCUGGUGAUGUGAUUCAAGGGAGAUAACUAUCGAUCAAAGGCUGCCAUCUUAGUUAACAUCUUUAGUACGGGUAUUGCAGGCAUGUCCAGUCGCCCCUCCCCCAAAUAAGGGUAUUAAAGGUGGGGAAAAAACAUCGUUCAUAUUCAGUUUUUGAUUCAUGCCCAAUAGGCUUUUCGUUGACUCUUGCCAUAUAAGGUAAUAGUGCUGGCAUAUUCCAUUGUAAAGUAUACUCAUCUUCCAUCGUACAUACGGUUGUCAGGGGGAUCCGUACUCCGAAGAAGUCGCAAAAUGCGCAAGGCGUAAUUUCCACGACAACUAAACAUACGUACAUGUGCACUGCAACGAUAUGUCGGCGUGUCAAAUUCGCCGGACACAACUCGGCUGCAUCUUUGUGAAACAGAGACGUAGACUGACGUAGACGUAACUAUAGCCCUCUGACAGACUGAUCUAACUGCUGAUUUUAUCAUCUGUAUAAAUUCCAAUCAUUGUUAUAAUAGAAAUAUAGUUGUUUUACUGCACACGUGCUAAUUAUAUUGAGAGUUUUACUUAAUUUUGAAUGAAUGGUAAAGCUGUAUCGUGGUCUGUAUAUUGUGUAAACGUUGGAGGAUUCAACAGUUGAUUCUAUAACAUCAAUUCUGACUUUAAAGAGAAAAGGUUUUUGGACCUUAGAAGCUGAAAUUUUCACAACCUUACAAUUAUUACCUCAGAACUAAUGUUUCUAAAUUUCACCUUCCAGUACCAAAAACUAAGCCCUGUGACGAGAUAUUAAAUUUUGAGUCACCUCAGAAAUUGCAUUGUGGAAUUUUUCUCUUGGGGCCAUAUUUGUGUAAAAGGUUAGUGUAAAAAAAAAAUUCUGCGCAAAUACAAUCUGUCGGUGUAUAGACAUCACUUUUGGGGCGAAAUCUUGAAGAGUGUGUAAAAGCGACACUUUGUUCCAAAGAACAUUUUGCGAUUAAAACUUCACGAAUGAGUUAAAAAUUGAUUAAGUGACGGUUAAAUGACUUCUUUGAGAUUUUUUUCUAAACCUGGCUCUGGAUUUCACUGUACUCUAUCCAGUUGACCUGGUUACGGUUUGUCCGCUUACGAUUUGAAGUUUUACUCGCGCCAGCCCGCUUUACUGCCGUUUUACAACGCUGUCGCAAUACAACGCCAAGCGCUUUUACCAUGGGAAGGUAUCUCUUAACUAGAUGUUGCCAUGGAAAAUGCUCCAGGCGCAAUUUGCCACUGCUUCGCAAAAUAGGCUCCUGAUGGUGAAAACAUUGUCUAAAUAACGUGGGAUUAAAUAUAAAACUCUUCUUCAUGACCUCGUAAGUCCAAAACCAUUUUGUUUUGUUUUAUUGGACGUUCACAAAUUACAUAUGAUGUGCAGAUUACCCUGUUGCCCGGAUACUGUAAUUUCCGCUGUAUAUGAAGUUCCUUUUAUAGGGCACUUAUAUAGCCUGUGGCAUAUUUACGUGUGUAACACAGGAGCGGACGCAGCGUGAUAGUGCAUGAUCAUUGUAAGUCAAGCGGCAUUCACUGAGUACUUAGACAUUAUAACCUCCAGUGUAAAGAAAAUCUUCACUAAAACUUCUGAAAGUACAUGUGCAUGUUUGUACAUUUUUUUUGUUUUUGAAUACGGCGUAAAACACCAAUCAAGUAAAUAAAUAAAUUGUAGUAAGGGUGAGGUGUAAUGUGGUGGUCAAAUACCGACGCCAAGCAGCGUUAAUUUGUAUAUGAGUGUUAUAAGCAGAUUGUGUUUUGUGAUUGUAUUUUUGUCAUCAGGAUAUUCUCCAGAUAAUGACAAAAUAAAUUUCUGAAAUGUCGAGUCAUUUAGUCUUCGUUUAUCCGCGUUACACUACUUGUGUAUUACGUAAAACUGAUCUUUGUUUACAAUUACUUAUCAGCAGUGUCAUGUAUACAUAAAUGUGGCAGUGUACAGGUAUCAUCGUGUAAACAGUUAUGGUAUGGUUGUAUAUUUUCAAGACCAACCAGUGCAUUUCUAUACUCGACGGGAAAACUUUGUUUUGGUUUAACCUACAUGUAGAACAUUUGGUACAGAAUAUAGUUAUACGGUAUUGCACUUUGUUAUAUUGAUUUCAGUAUGUUACGAUAUAUAUUAAGCAUGCACAUUAUAUGACGGCCUCCAAAAUUGAAUAGGCGAUCGAUUACCCGCUACGUUGCCAUCCCUCUUGUCUUAAUUAUGUGCCCCAUAUUUACUGGUUCAAUCUGUUUAAACUACAUGUUUGACUUCCUAGAAAUAUGGGUGCAUGAAGGCCUUACAUUUAU